AUGGAUACUUCUACAGCAUCAUCAAAUGGUGUUAGCCCUGCGACCACGUUGCAACUCCAUAGCAUCCCGGAGAAUCCAAUCGUGGCGGCUAUGGAGUUGCCUUUCCCUUCAUUCGUGUGCCUGAAACGCCACUGCCUUGGGAACUCUGCUCCUGGAGAGUUCUUCUUGGCUUCUUGUCCUUCCAUUGUCCUUCAUGCGACUUGUUCGUUCUUCAGGAAGCCGGCGAAAUUCUCUCCAGACUUUGAGCUCUCCAUCUCGGAAGUCGCGGCUCUCGACAUAUGCCAGAAGAGGGCGAUGUUUAAACGUAUGGAGGAGGAAGAACGGCAAGAACUCAAGAGGAGAUGCGGAGGCUCGUGGAAGCUGCUUCUAAAGUUCUUGCUAGCUGGUGAGUUAAGUUCCAGGAGGGAGAAAUCACAGGCUCUUGCUGGUCCUGGUCAUAGCAUCGCCGUGACAUCAAAGGGACUUGUCUACUCUUUCGGAUCCAACGGUUCAGGACAACUCGGACAGGGAACCACUGAGGACACUUGGCAGCCUCGACCAGUCAGAUCACUUAACGGGAUCAGGAUCAUUCAGGCGGCUAUUGGCGCUGAUAGAACGAUGUUAAUCAGUGACGCUGGUGAAGUUUACGCCUUUGGGAAAGAUUGUUAUAGCGAGGCCGGUUUAAAGGUUCAAGAAACUAAGGUUAUCACGACUCCGCAGCGUGUCAAGUCAUUGACUGAAAUCUUUGUGGUGCAAGCCGCGAUAGGGAACUACUUCACGGCGGUCUUGUCGAGAGAAGGCAGGGUCUAUACAUUGUCAUGGGGAAAAGAUGAAAGACUCUGUCACGGAACAGACGUUAACUGUAUGUUGCCUCAUCCUCUGUUAGGAGCCUUGGAGAACGUCCCUGUCGUUCAAAUUGCAGCUGGCUUUUGCUAUCUCCUUGCUUUAGCAUAUCAACCCAAUGGCAUGUCGGUGUACUCUGUUGGAUGCGGUUUGGGUGGGAAGCUUGGGCAUGGUUGUGACACCAAUGAGAAACAGCCUCGCUUGAUUGAGACGUUUAGUCUCUUGAACAUGGAACCGGUUAUGGUCUCAGCAGGGCUAUGGCAUGCUGCUGUAGUUGGGAGAGACGGGCGAGUCUGCACUUGGGGAUGGGGCCGGUAUGGCUGCUUGGGCCACGGUACCGAAGAGCCAGAGUUGGCUCCAAAGGUCGUAGAGGGGUUAAAAGAUGUUAAAGCCAUCCACGUCGCCACCGGAGAUUACGCGACCUUUGUUGUGGCUGAUGAUGGUCAGGUUUACUCAUUUGGAUGUGGCUUUUCAGCCAAUCUUGGUCAGGGCGAUGUGGAUGAGAAUACUCUGACACCGAAGCUGGUUUCGUCGUUGAAUGAUACAAAAGAGCGUAUGGUUCAUGUGAGUUUGACGAACUCUGUGUCGUCGACGAGUCAUACAUUUGCGAUGGCCGAGUCCGGGACAGUGUACGCGUUCGGGGCCGGGGACAGAGGGCAGCUCGGGGUCGAGCUGGAUGAGAACUUGACGGAACGAGCGGAACCAGCGAAAGUUGUCGGUAUUGAUCUUUCUUAAAAAGAUUUGGAAAAAAGCAUCUUUCUUAAUUUUAAUUUUAGGUUUUUUCAUUCGCCAUUGUUCUUGACUAAUGUUUAAAGUAAGUAAGUGGGUUUGUACAUAUUAACAAGAAGGUAAUGACAUUUUUAAAGAUGGUUAUGGUUUUAUUUUGUUAGUUCAACGGAAGAAGGAAGGAACAAUAACUGUUUCUCUGGGAUAUUCUGCU